AUGAGUUCGUUCGCGGGUCGCAUGAAGGAGUAUCCCAACAUGUCGCUGGAUCGGGGCCUCUAUUUGAAAAGAAAGUUGAAAUUCAGUCUGACAGUCAAACUGUACUGUUCAUUUGUAACUAAGGAACUGUUGCUGAGCAAUCCAAAAUAUGCCUUCUGGGAAGAUCACAUAGUUGCUUUGGAACUGGAGAGUCCCACACUAAUCACUUUAAUAGACGAGGCUUCAGGAGAGAGAGAAGAACUUGUGGUGACUCUGCUUCCUGCAGGUCACUGUCCAGGCUCGGUCAUUGUGUUGUGUUGUUUCAGGGUGAAAGACAUCAAGAGUGUGUAUCUGGACUCCACCUUUUACGACCCUCGCUUCUACCAGAUCCCCAGCAGGGAGACGUGUCUAUAUGCUAUCCGGGGGCUGGUACAGGACUGGGUCAGUAGGAGUGUGUACCAUACAGUGUGGCUGAAUUGUAAAGCUGCAUAUGGAUAUGAAUACCUCUUCACUAACCUGGGGGACGAGUUUCACACACAGAUUCAUGUGAAAAGCCUGGACAUGUUUAAGAAGAUGCCAGAGAUUCUGAGUCAUGUGACCACGGAUCGAGCCACUCAGAUCCAUGCCUGCCGUCACCCCAAGGAGGAGGAGUUUGUUCCUGCCAGCAGGCUGCCGUGUGGCUCCUCGGCAUCAGAUGGAACUCCUCUAAACAUCAUCAGUAUCAAACCCUCCACUAUGUGGUUUGGAGAGAGAACCCAGAGGACUAAGGUUAUCAUCAGGACAGGUGCCAGUUCCUACAGAGCCUGCUUUUCCUUCCACUCAUCCUACUCUGAGAUAAAAGACUUCCUGUCUUAUCUCCAGCCAAUCAACAUCUACCCCAGUGUCAUUCCUAUUGGCCGAACUCACGCUGAUGUCACGGAGCUGUUGAAGUCUAUGUGUAGGGACGUGUCCUCUUCCACUGUGAUCUACAGACCUCUGGGAACACUGAAACGCACCAGACCAGAGCAGCACACCCACGAUGUGGACUGUGCCGAUUGGCUGUUUGAGGGGGCGGACCUGGCCCCUGUCAGGAAGAGGGUGAUGAUGCAGGAGGCCGCACCCACAACGCUCCCUAACCCCCCCGACGAACCUCUACCCCUAACACACAUGCCUCUCAUCACAGGAGACUACAUGGACUGUACCGAAUCUAAUGAUGAUGAUGAGGAGGAGAGAGACCUGGAGGAAGAAGAGAGAGGUGGGGAGAGAGACGAGGGGUCUGUGUCUAAUUCUGGCACCCCUCCUCGCUGGGAGGAGUUUUUCACCACGGAGAUACUGACGGACAGCCAAACCAGCCAAUCACACUCCUGCUCGAACACAAGCCCCUCUCACUCCACACCAAACCAGCCAAUCACAGGCUCCCAGACCCCAGAGCUGUUUGUUGAUGACUACGCCAAACUCCCCUCGCCGUCAAGUCCUCUCUCGGCUGGGCGAGGCCUGAGUCAGGCUGAAAGCCUGCUCAUCCAAUCAGAAGACCGGUGUCAGGGAGAUGCAUUGACCAAUCUGGAUGCUGAGGGGGAGGAGAGUGGCAGCCACACUCACCAAUCAGAGCCAACGGAGUCUCAGGUGUCAUCGGACUUUGACAUCCCGUCUACGCCAGAUUCACACACACCUGGACCAGACGACCUCAGCGAUCUGUACAGGAGACUGGCCGCUGGAGAGGAAGUGGUCACCAGGACAGGAAGUCAGUCCCUCUGACCCUGUCUACGCCAGAUUCACACACACCUGGACCAGACGACCUCAGCGAUCUGUACAGGAGACUGGCCGCUGGAGAGGAAGUGGUCACCAGGACAGGAAGUCAGUCCCUCUGACCCUGUCUACGCCAGAUUCA